UACAAAUCUCAGAGAGGUAUCGGUGACUGCUCGGGUUCAGUAGGAAUGGGUAACUCAGACUGUGCUAUUCAUCCAAACUCUCUACCAACGUUUUUAUUAUUGAUAUCUUGUAUAUUAGGUCUGUCACUCGGCUCGGAGCUGAAUUUUGUGACAUGCGGGUCUGUCCUUAAACUGUUGAAUAUAAAGCACAAUGUGAGACUACACUCACACGACGUACGCUACGGGUCCGGUAGCGGGCAGCAGUCUGUAACAGGUGUGACUGCAGUAGAGGACAGUAACAGCUACUGGAGUGUCCGUGGGACAGGUGACGCCGUGUGCCAUCGGGGAACCCCGGUCAAGUGUGGGCAGACGAUCCGCCUCACUCAUGUCAACACAGGGCGUAACCUGCACAGCCACUACUUCGCCUCCCCACUGUCCUCUAACCAGGAGGUGAGUGCAUUUGGCGAUGAAGGGGAAGGAGACCACCUGGACGAGUGGACAGUUCAAUGCGGGGGCUCUGUUUGGAAGCGCGAGGAGGCCGUCCGCUUCCGUCACAAGGCCACCGAUGCACUGCUGUCAGUGACAGGGGAGCAGUACGGACGGCCGAUCCACGGUCAGAGUGAAGUUCACGCCAUGUCGAGCCCCAGCCAGCACAGCCUGUGGAAAGCCAUGGAGGGCAUCUUUAUGAAACCCAGUGAGAACCCAGCGGGCAGCCGAGACUACAGUCACAUACACACAGAGUUCUGAACUUUUCCUCUCUGCUUCUGUCACCUCCCAUUGUCCUCUCUGUCCACCUCUGUAUUCCUACCUCUGUCCCCAAUUACGCCUGUACCAGCAACCCUCUGUCUCAUUUUUCUCUCUCAUCAUCUUUUAACUGUCAUCUUUUGAGGAGACCGUGCCAAAGUCUGUCAUGGAUCAAGGUGCAAUGACUUCACCUUAUCAAUCCAACCUCUGUCACAUUUAUUGUGUUUUAGGAAACACUACUUGAAUCCUCAAAGACCCAGCAGCUACACUCAGAGAGCUAACAACAUUUGAAUAGUGUUAUAGUUUGCCUUGAUGGGUACAAGAAGACAUAAAGGUAUCAAAGAUGCUCUUUUACUGUACAACGACUAAUGUUUAUCACAGUUUGUGAUGCUUUACAUCCUCUCAGCUGUUAUUUAUUGUUAAAUAACUGACAUCAGCAGUCACAACACAACACAGAAGGCAGCGCAGGUCUCGUGAGUCACGUGUUUUAUUGAACAAAAAAAAACAAACUAUUGUUACACUUGUGCCUUUAUCCUUUUUUAAACUUAGUAGGUGUUUACAUUGUGGAGCCUUUUAAACUUUUGGAAACAUAAGACUUUUAUUGUGUUUUUAUGGUAUUUGUAAGCCAUAUUGUACUCAAUGGAUAAGCAGUGUUACCAGGGUAAAUUACUAUUUUCCCCCUUUAAGUCAGAUUCAGUGUAAAUGAUCCAGCACUAACUGACAUAAGAGAACAAGCAGUUUUGUCUGUGGAGGUGUUUUUAUUUUUAUGUUCAUUGUUGAGCUGGAUGCUGUUUAUUGUUUGAUCAGUUUCCAGGUGUUUGGAGUAAGUACGGUGUUUUGUAUUCAUGCUGUCUGUGCAUGCUUAUGUGUUAGAUCAACGCAUUGUUUCAGAGGUUCAUGUGAGCAACAGACAUGCAAUGGAGACCUCAUAUUAAAGUGAUUUUUAUGCAUACCAGCA